UAACCAUAGAUAUCACUGAUAUCAAUGUUGUUCCGCGAUAGCUGAUAGCUCCAUAACCUAGAAAUUUUAUGAACCUUCCAACAUUCUUAAUAAGUGUUAUAAAAAAAUAUGGAUAAUUUAACUGAAUCAAUGCAAAGACAUCUCUCAAAUUAUUGCGAGACUCUACAUGUGGACAUAACAGAUUUGAUAAAUAAUGAAAAAUCACAUUACUAUCCAAAUAUGUGCCAUAUUUGUCGCUGUUACGGUGAAAAUGUCGAUUUAAAAAGAUGCGGUGCUUGCAAUAUGAUUUCGUACUGCAGUAAAGAACACCAGAAACAAGACUGGCCGAAUCAUAAGCAAUUUUGCAGAGUUUUGUGUCAAAUUAAAAAGGAUUGGAAAGUGGAUAAUCUUUUUCAAUCAUUGAAAGUAAACACUGUGGAAGAAAGAACGGCUGUUUUUAAUCGGCUUUAUAAUAAUGGAGAAGGUGACAUAUUAAUUGAAUGUUUGAAGGUAAAAGCAGCUAAAUUACUGAAGAGAAAGUUAAAUUUAUGGGAAAUGCAUAUGAUCCAGUUUCCAAGAAUUUGUUCAAUUUGUUACGAAAGUAGACAUGAAAUUCUUGUGAAUUGCAAAAAAUGCCCACAAACUACAUUUUGCAAGGAACACUUAAAUAAUCCCCUUCAUGAAGAGGAAUGUCAUAAAUUUAUCAUCAGUACCAUGAUUGUACCGACUUCAGUAUAUACAACUACAACUGCUGUAAAAUUGAGUGCACAAAUAAAAACUGACAAAUUACCGUCCUCAAUUAUUGAAUUUACGAAGACUUACGUAACAAAGAAUUCAGUUGAUUCAUAUUCCGAGGAAACAAGAGAUUUAUGGAAUAUAUCAUUUUCAGACGAAUAUUCCAGACCACUGUCAAUAAUUUUCGCCAUGGAGAAAUUGGACUUUCAUAAUAAUUCAGAAAAUUUAGUGAUUCAUGUUGUAGGCGCCGCUCUGGCAGAGCUACAGUAUAACGACUGGGAAAUAUUAUUGCACUAUUUUAAAUCUGCGCAAAAACUUUCAGUAAUUCUCAUCGGAGACGAAUUUAUGUUUCCUGAAAAUCGUGUCGAAGUACUUUGCGAAACCUGCAAACAAGAAAACAAAGAACUAACAAUUGAAAUGCAUUCUUUAUUGUAUGAUGCAUACUGUGGACAAAUGGAUUUUAAAAAGCCAGAUAUUAUUGCUUGUCUCAAUGCUGGUUUGCAUUAUUAUCCUACAUGGGAAAAAUCUAUUCAAGUGUUUAAUAAAGGACAGUGUCCUUUGGUAGUUACAGCUUAUAGUAAAAAUGAAAGUCUUGAAGACGAAAAAAUGGUCAAAUCUACAUUUCCUUCUGCUAAUUGUGUCUACAGUGGUUGCAACCCAUUUGGAAGUUUAAUUUAUUUUAGACAGAAAAUUGGAUUACCUGUGGGUUGCUCAAAUAAUUUUAUGUCUAUCUACAAACAUCUUGGCUGAGAAAAUAUAUCGAAGUAAUAUUUUAAAUUACACGAACAAAUUAUUAUGAAUAUUUCUAAAAUAAUUAAAGUGUAAGAUUAACAAAUAAAGAAUUUUGAAAUUCUUAA